AUGCAGCAAGAAGCAAGGAACACAGAAGGCCGCAAUUUGUGGCGCACUGGCUCCAAUCUACGCCACCAAGGUGUCCGAUUCGUGAGCGCAAGUAAUCCCCAGCGAGACGAAAAUAAUGAGGGAGAGGCUCGUGAAGAAGACGCCCUCCGGCCAGAAGAAAACAACAAGCAGCCGCUCAUAGGAGGGGUUGAGUCAAAGGAGGAUGCACAGGAGUUGAAAAACGAAUCAGCAACGUGCAACGCGUCAUUCUUUAUCGACCUAUCAGGCGAAAGUGCUGGACACACUGGGCUUGCAGACCCCAUUACCGCACUAUCAUUAUCUGAGCGUGACAGCUCUAGUGAAGAUGAAAUAGUGUUCCAUGGGCGGCGUAGACUUGAAGAAAGACCUCGUAUCAUUGUGGAAGGCCACGCGAUGAAGGCUGACAAAACAAAUCACCAUUCUCCAAAAGAACUCGAAUCGCCACAUGAGGCAAGGCUACCCGCACCGGACUACAGGGUAUGCCCAGUAUCCGAUGGUACAUCAACAUAUGAGCUGCCACAGAGAACUCCACCAAUAGCGGAGAGUAUCGAACAGACGAAGACCGUGAUGCCAUGCACCGAGAAAGUUACCCAGGAAGCAUCGGAAAUCGAAGAUGACGACAUUCUAGCUGACUAUAUAGCAAACAUGGCCGAACACUACUGCGCAGAUAUACAAAGCUCACUAGCUGGUGCUAUAAUGCAUGAGCCCGAGCAUGGGGCAGAGAUGCAGCCGCAGAACUACACGGCUCAUGCGGCCAUUCACGAUUCUAUUCGGCGUCCUGGCAAAGGAAAAUAUUCGCGUAGGGAUAUAUUGUCGGAAUGUAAGCGCAAAAUGAUUACGCCGUCAGAGUUAAUGCUGAAAUUAGUAGAUGACGAGAGUGGAGUGGAUGUUACCAACGGUGCAGUGUCAUUAUACCCACUCGACGAUGCUGCCUCGGCGAGCAAUCAUGUUCCACACAGUCCUCAAGCCAGCGAUUCCGACGAAGGGAAUAAUCUUGAUACUGACCUAGACGUUGAGGGACAUAGGGCCCUGGAGUGCGAAGUACAAGGACACCCCGCCAUUUCUCAACAGAACCACAAAAAUCCACAAUAUGAUAUAUUCGUCUCGGCCACUGCAUUCGCUGACGCACUGGAAAUUGACCCCUACUACGGCUUGGAUAUCAUGGAUUUCAACAGGCCAAGUCUUCGGAAAAAGCAAAGAGGAAAGCAUCGCAAUCCAGAUUUGGUCCUAUCAGAUAGUGAAUUGGAAUUGGAAUUGGAGAACGCCUGGCGGAAUGACCGAGAGAAGAAGAAGGGCCGAAAGCAGAAACGAGAGGAACUUCGCACCCAAGGUCUCCUAGGUCGUGGGGCACAUGACCCGGAUCUGAGAAGCAAAUAUACAAACGGCAUGGGUUUUAAUGAUUUGAAGAUGGAGAUACGCAUUUUCCUACUGUCGUCAAGAACCAGUUUGGCUCUUCCGCCUAUGACGAAGCAUCGUAGGAAACUGAUUCAUGAUCUAGCAAAUGCGCUGUCUUUAAAUUCACAAUCACGAGGCAAGGGGUCCUCUAGAUUUCCUAUCCUGCACAAGACUUCCCGGACUCCAAGGUACACGCAAAAGACCAUUUCCUAUAUCGACCAAAUAUUCUCAAAGGGAAGGUUCAACCACGGCGCCACCAAAUCCUGGGAUCAGAAUAUUACAAAGUCUGCUAAACCUCCUCGUGGUCGUCCUGACAGUUCUGUCUCAUACAUGGAUGGAGAUAUUGUGGGCGCAUCUGCCCCCGAGAUUGGAGCAGAAAAUAAGGGAAGAGCAAUACUGGAAAGAAUGGGUUGGAGUACAGGAACAGCCCUUGGUGCUACUAAUAAUAAGGGUAUCCUAUUACCAGUCGCGCAUGUUGUGAAAAAUUCCAAGGCUGGCCUAGGGUAG